CUCAAGGACUUAACAACUCAUUGCGCAGCACCACGUGAUUGUCGGGACCUGGUCUUCGACCAACAAGCGUACAGCAGCGCCUUUCCUCCCACGGCAUCCUGCCCUCGUGCCGAGCGCCUCGAAAGAAAAUUGUCGCCGGAGUCCGUUCGCAAAAAUGCCUACAAAGUGUCUCGGAAGCUUGGCUACACCUACCGACAAUUACCUCUUUGCUUUGGCGAGGGGGUCGGGAACUCAACUAGCGACUAUCGGAUCCGAUGACGCUCUGCGCAUCUUUGACGCCACCACUUUGAAGGUCACCAAGACUCUCCAAGACUGUCACUCCGGCGUUGCUUGCCUCAAGACUGGCGAAUCUGCUCGCACCUUUGUGACCGGCGGCCGCGAUGGCUUGGUGCGAUGCUGGGAUAGUCGUGCAAAGAACGUUGCUGAAAUGGCCGACCCCAAAGCAAACGGCAUAGCAUCGUUAGCAUGUCACGACCACCUCAUCGCCGUCGGUACGGAGAGUCUGAAAGAAGGACUCGGUGAUGUGAGUGUGCUGUUGUUCGACACACGAAACAGCAGUGCACCAGUGCGGCAGUACAACGAAUCGCAUACCGAUACUGUGACCCAACUGCAAUUUCAUCCUGCCCAACCUCAAGUUCUGCUGUCGGGCAGUACAGAUGGGCUGGUCUCCAUUUUUGAUGUCAAUCACGAGGAUGAGGAUGAUGCUCUGCAGCAAGUCCUGAAUCCCAGAUCAGCAGUCCACUGCGCCGGCUUCAUCGCUCAGGACCAGGCAUAUGUUGUAUCCACAGACGAGCAAUACUCCAUCUACACACUGGCCAAGACCGCGUCCGAGGAAGAAGAGCUCCCUCCGCCACUGCAAUUUGGAGAUGUGCGUCAAAAGCUCGAUUGCAUGUAUGUGAUCGACGUGCUUGUGCAGCCAGAUGGGCCACCAUUGAUUGCGUACGGCCACAACGAGAAGCGAACCUUGGGCAUCUCUUCGCUGGGCACGCCUGGAGCAUGGGACUUUGGGCAAAAGAUCGACCUUCCAGGUGCUCACGGUGACGAAGUGGUUCGGGACGUAUUGCUGAUAGAGAAGAGAGCUUUCAGCUGUGGAGAGGAUGGUAACGUCAAGGCAUGGUCACUUGGCUGAGCCAAAAUGUAGGUCAGCUUUCCACUUUGCCUCAUCGUGGCCCAGAAAAGUCUCAAUGAUACCCAGCAGGCGAUGACCAG